CAAAUGCCCCUCUCUGAGAUCGCAGGCUCCAGGGAAGCAGGCUUCACUUCCGGAAGGCUGUGAGGGGCGGCUGCGCGUGUUGCCAUAGCGACCGUUUUACGUUAACUGGUUUGUAGGUUUCGUCCAGGUAGCAGGGGGACUGCGGGGACCACUCUUUCUUCUCCCAUUCUGUCUCGGCUCCCUGCGGCCCAAGAGCCUUACGCAGGCUCCGGGGGUCUGGCCUACGGUUCCGCGGCGCCCCGCAGAGCGGGAUGGCUGCGGAAGAAGAGGAUGAGGUGGAAUGGGUAGUGGAGAGCAUCGCUGGGUUCCUGCGAGGCCCGGACUGGUCCAUCCCCAUCUUGGACUUUGUGGAGCAGAAAUGUGAAGUUUUUGAUGAUGAAGAAGAAAGCAAAUUGACCUAUACAGAGAUUCAUCAGGAAUACAAAGAACUAGUUGAAAAGCUGCUGGAAAGUUACCUCAAAGAAAUUGGAAUUAAUGAAGAUCAAUUUCAAGAAGCAUGCACUUCUCCUCUUGCAAAGACCCGUACAUCACAGAAAGAGACACAGCGAGAGAGGGAAUACUAUGGAUUCCUGAAGUUAUCAGAGGCUAAAACAGAAGAGCCUCCAGUGCAUGCUAAUGAAACUGCAAAAAUGAAGAAUUCCCAAGGAGAUGGUGAACAUUUUGCACACCCACCCUCAGAAGUUAAAGUGCAUUUUGCUAAUCAGUCAGUACAACCUUUGGCAAGAAAGCUGGAAAUGCUUCCUGAAACUUCCUCCUUCCCACAAAAAGGCCUGAAGAUUCCUGGCUUACAACAUGCAAGCAUUGAAGGACCAAUAGCAAAUUUAUCAACACUUGGAACAGAAGAGCUCCGACAACGCGAGCGCUACCUCAAGCAGAAGAGAGAUAAAUUGAUGUCCAUGAGAAAGGAUAUGAGGACUAAGCAGAUACAGAAUUCCGAGCAGAAAGGAAAACCUGCUGGGGAGGUGGAGGAAAUGACAGAGAAACAAGAAAUGACAGCAGAGGAGAAGCAAACAUUACUAAAGAGGAGAUUGCUUGCAGAGAAACUUAAAGAAGAAGUUAUUAAUAAGUAAUUUUAAAAACAAUUUAGCAAAACAGAAGUUCAAAUUUUCUUAAAAAUAAAUUAUUUAAUCCUUAAACUGAG